GCAGCCCAGAUGAGGGGACCAGGGGCUGUGUCCACCAUGGCUUGGACUCCUCUCUUCCUUGUGUUCCUCUCUCACUGCACAGGUUCCCUGUCCCAGUCUGUGCUGACUCAGCCGCCCUCCCUCUCUGCAUCUCCUGGAGCAUCUGUCAGACUCACCUGCGCCCUGACCAGUGGCUUCACUGUUAGUGGCUACCACAUGUCUUGGUACCAGCAGAAGCCAGGGAGCCGUCCCCGCUAUCUCCUGAAGUACAAGUCAGACUCAGAGAAACCCCAGGGCUCCGGGGUCCCCAGCCGCUUCUCUGGAUCCAAGGACACCUCGGCCAAUGCAGGCGUUCUGCACAUCUCCGGGCUGCAGCCUGAGGAUGAGGGUGACUAUUACUGUGCAACCUGGCACAAUGCUUAUCACAGUGACACAGACACAGGAGGAAGUGGGACAAAAACCUUA